AUUUCAUUCAAUUUCAUUCAUUAUUUUGUGGCGGAAGUGCCUGAGUUUGUGCGUGACAAAUGUUUUGAAAUGCGAAUAUUUAAAAAAAUAUGAAAUCAAAUUCACAAAUGUGAGUUUUGGAUAUGUGUGUGAAAAGAUCGUGGUUUGUUUUGUAAAAUAUUUAUUUCAAAACAACAAAAAUGAUGGCGCACCGUUAUUUAUCUAAAGAGCAGUUGGAAGGAUUUGAAAGAUAUAAGUACAACUCCAUUGACACAAGUGUACUGAGCAACUAUGUUAUGCACCCAUUUUGGAACUGGUGCAUGCAGUUUUGUCCGAUGUGGGUUGCCCCUAACCUGCUAACAUUCACUGGGUUUCUACUGACUGUCCUAAACUUUGCCCUAUUCUCCUAUUAUGACUAUGGGUUCUACGCAAUGACGGACGAUAGCCUCGCUAUACCAAGCUGGGUGUGGGCUGUGAGCGCUGUCAACCUGUUUGUUGCCUAUACAUUAGACGGCAUCGACGGCAAGCAGGCGCGGCGCACCGGCACCAGCGGGCCGCUGGGCGAGCUGUUCGACCACGGGCUCGACUCGUACUCCGCCGUGCUCAUACCCACCUGCCUCUACAGCAUCUUUGGAAGGGCUGAGCUGAGCACGCUUCGCUUCUUCUUCGUGGUGUGGAAUGUCUUCUUCAACUUCUACUUCACGCACUGGGAGAAGUACAACACGGGCGUCAUGUUCCUGCCGUGGGGGUACGACUUUACCAUGAUUGGCUCGUGCAUCCUGCUGCUAGUGACGUCCAUCAUCGGGCCGAAGGCGUGGCACGUGCCGCUGCCGGGCGGCGUGUCGCCGGGCGUCGUGUUCGAGCUCGUGCUCUACGUGUCCGCCAUGCUCACCAGCCAGACGGUCAUACUGUGGAAUAUUUACAAAUCGUACCGCGACAAGACGGGCAAGAUGCGUUCAUUCACUGAAGCCGUGCGGCCGCUGGUCCCGCUCGUGCUAUUUUUCCUUCUGAGCUCGUACUGGGCGCUCUACUCGCCCACAGACAUCAUCAGCCGCGGCCCGCGCCUCUUCUACAUCGUCACCGGGACCAUCUUCUCGAAUAUUAAUUGCCGCCUGAUAGUAGCCCAAAUGAGCGACACCCGCUGCGACAUAUUCAACGGCCUCCUAAUUCCCUACGCUGGGGCGGUGGCGCUGGCGUGCUGGCGCGGCGUGUCGCCCGCCGCCGAGCUGCUGCUGCUGGGCGCAUUGGCCGCGCUCAGCUCCGCCGUGCACAUCGCGUACGGAGCCGGGGUGGUUCGAGAGAUGUGCGAGCAUUUCAAUAGAAGGUGUUUCCAUAUCAAACCCCAUAUUAAAUAGAUUUAGGUUAACUUUGGUAAAGGUUAUUGUUGAGGUUCCUCAAGAUUUCAUUAGGCUUGUAAGCCUGGCUCCCAUAGCCAUAGCCUUUGAGUAGAGAGUAUACAUUUAUUAGAGGCUAAUGGAAUCUUGACAUGUACAAUUUGUACACCUCUAUCUAAUACAUAGAUGUUUUUGGUCAAUAUUGAAGGAAUUUAUUAUGUAGUAUCCUAUUUAAACGCAUAGUGACUUCCUGUUAAAUGAAUUCUAUGUCUAUUUUAUUAAUAUGUUUAGACAUUACGUUUAGAAUAUAGCGUAUUCAAUGUAUGUAGUAGCAAGAAUGGUAUCGUGAGGUUCUAGUAUAAUUCCUGACAAAUUACUAGUCAACAGUUUUUGCCAAAUAUUUUGCCAUAUUUAUUUUUAAUGUCACAAAAUUAUAUUGUUAUUCUGGCAGUUAUUAGUUAAUACUGUGUACUCUGUUAAACAGAUAAUUUAGGCCAAAUUUCAAAGUUUUUAUUAACUUGGCUGUUAUUAUCGGGAUAGUCCUGGUGGCAUUGUAAAUAAAUUUUAAGUUAAAUAGCUGUUUUUUUUUUGUUUACGUAGUAAAUUAAGGGUUUGUUAUUUUGCUCGGUUGUUUUAAAUGUUACAAGUACAUGAGUAGGAAAACAAUCAUUAGUAAGUACAUAA